GUACUGGCUGUUAGCCCGGGACACGAUCAUCAUUGUCGUCAGACAGUCUGGAUGAUGAUGUGCGAAGAUCAACGUUGAGGGGGCCGUCGUAUAAAGUCAUUACAAGACAAGGAGACAUAUUACAAAUUGCCUGGGGUGAUUGUCCCCUCGAUCGAUCCUCAAUAGGUCAUUAGUGGAAAAAUAACGAAAUCAGUAGUGUCUACACUGGGUGAAUGCUUUGUUAAAGUGCGAGAAAUGUUCCUUACCGGUGUAUUUCAAAGGGAAAAAUGCCAAUUCAGACGUUCACGAGCCAGAUCGUUCAUCAGACAUAAAUCUGCCGAGAUAACAGAAUCAUAAAGACGACAAAGAAGUGGUGAGGGAAUUUUAGCGGUUUCCCAGUGUUUUGACAUCUUUUUGUUCAGUGUAUAAUUGGGUGAGUGACAGGAUACGACGCGUGGAGAUAUUGGAGGCGCUAUGGAAAUGCAAACAGUGGAAAAAGAUAUGAAGGAAGCGAGUAAAGAAAAAAAUGGGCUUCUUGAGCCAAUGCUGACGAAACCAGCGGUACGGCUCAAGGAGGGGCAAAAAAUUUUCCAAUGUCUCUCUACUCUAAUAGUCGGGCUGAUGGCAAUGCAGAGUGGAAUGACAUUGAGUUGGACAUCACCAACGACACCUUAUUUGGAGCUGAAUACUUCGUUUCUCGGUGGUCUCGAUGGUACUCAAGUAUCGUGGGUCAGUUCUUUGAUGCCCCUGGGUGCUGUUGUCGGUGCAUUACCAACGGGAAUGAUAGCCGAUGCAAUCGGAAGAAAAUCAGCAUUAAUUUUAACAACUCUUCCACUCCUCUUGUCUUGGCUAAUGAUCAUAUUGCUGAGUAGUCUAAACACUUUGUAUGCAGCUAGAUUUAUUGGAGGAAUUGGAUCUGGAGCAGUAUGUGUUCUAGUACCCCUCUACAUCGGCGAGGUCGCUGAACCCUCGAUUCGUGGUGCCCUAGGAUCAUGCUUUGCGCUGUUAUUUUCCUCAGGUGUUGUUUUUAUAUACAUCGUUGGUGCCUACACCAACUACGUUACCCUCAAUAUUGCCUGCUGUGGUAUGCUUCUGCCUUUUUUUCUCUCUUUUUAUUUUCUUCCCGAGUCACCCAUCUGGCUCGUCCAAAAUAAUCGCAUCAAAGAGGCGGAAGAAUCACUGGCUGUACUCAGAGGAAGAGGCUACGAGCCCAAAUGGGAGAUAACUAUGCUACAGGAGGAGGCUGAUCGGGUCAUGAGAAGUCGUGGGGGUUUUAGGGAUUUAAUUGGUACACGUGCUGGUAGAAAGGCCAUUGGAACAUGCCUUGGGCUCAUGUGGUUCCAACAGAUGUGUGGCAUAGACGCCGUUCUCUUCUAUACUGUAAAAAUCUUCCAGGAAGCUCAGAGUUCCAUUGAUCCAUUUUUAGCUACCAUAGUUAUCGGGCUAAUUGAAGUUGUUAUGGCAGCAGUUGUGGCUAUUACCAUUGACAAAUUCGGGAGGAAGCCACUGCUCGUUCUUUCUGGAACUGCCAUGACUCUGUGUCUCGGAGUACUUGGAUACUACUUUAAACUUCAAACCGAUGGGUUCGAUGUGCGAUCAAUUGCAUGGCUGCCAUUGACCAGUCUUGCCCUCUUCAAUGUUGUCUUUAGCGUUGGGUUUGGAUCCGUGCCCUUUGCUGUCAUCAGUGAACUCUUCCCUCCAGAGACCAAGGGAGUCGCCAUUAGUAUGUCCAUUAUUGUCAAUUGGACUCUUGUAUUCGUUGUCACUAAAUUUUAUCCACCUAUGAUUUGUCUCAUCGGACAAGCUAAGACAUUCUGGUUUUUUUCAUCCAUGGCCGGCGCAUCAGCUGUAUUUUCCUUUAUAUUUGUGCCUGAGACCAAGGGAAAAACUCUCCAGGAAAUUCAGACGAAAUUGUCUAUUAAGAGGGCUUCCAUUAAAAAUGUCCCCAAUGUCGAGACGACUUCAUGAUUCUUGCCAUAUGGCCAUUAUGGGCAAUUGUGAUUUUACAGACUGAUCUAUGAUCCAUUAUAGUUUUUAUUAAACUUGUCAGUUAUCCAUUAAAUUUCUAUGUACACAUUAUGAUUUAUUGUGCCAUAUCGAUAAUUAUCCAUUAUUAAUAUAAAUGAAUAAAUGAUACAAUGUUUUCAA